GGAGCCAAGUUAUUUACAUCAACACCAUUGUUGGGUCAAAAAUGGAUUGCUGGAUUGAAGAAGUAGAUCGACGACAGCUAAUCAAAACAAAACGGCGCUGUAAAGCUCCGAAUCAUAAGCAAUGACACGUGGACCCAAACCAAUCCCCACAAUCCAGAAAAACCCGUCAAAAACCUCAGACGUUCCGCUUCUCUUUCUAUGUCCAGAAAAUGCCUUCCAUCUCCAUUUCCGUAGCCAUGAGCUGCUUCGCUCGCCCUCAAUCUCAAGCUCAAGCUCGCUCCAAAGCCAGAGGCAUUUCUCAAAGAGAAACCCCAAUUCGAGGUUCAAACCUAAAAGGAGCACUAAGUGCGAGCCCCUCUCUGUGUCUGCUCCUUCUUCAGGCGUAGAAGCCACCACCUACACUCGCCUCCCUUCUAAACAAGACUUCUCUGCUCCAUCCUCUGAAUCGUCCAACGAAAUCAAGCUUUUUGGUUCUGAUAUCGCCCAAUUCGACUGCAAUGAUUUGUCUGGGACGGAAACGGAUAGCGGUGGGGAUGGAGGGAGGGGAGGGAACGUGUAUGUGGAGGUGGAUGCGGCAAUGAAUUCUCUGUUGCCUUUCAGAAAUGGAGUGCAUUUUAGGGCUGGGAAAGGAGGGCACGGCCAAGGGAGGAUGCAGAAAGGGGGGCAAUGGAGAGGAUGCGGCUGUGAAAGUGACGCCGGGGACGGCUAUCAGGGAGGCUGGGAGGGAGGAGGUAUUGUUGGAACUGUUGUAUCUGGGACAGCGAGCAUUGCUGCUUCCUGGUGGGAGAGGUGGCCGAGGCAAUGCCUCUUUUAAGUCUGGCGCCAAUAAAGUUCAAAGGUUGGCCGAGAAUGGUGAACAGUGUCCAGAAAUGUAAGCCCUGUUCUUUAUCUCAAGAAAAAGUUUUGUUGAUCAGUGCCCUUCGUUUUUGUUGCCUGUGUUUUUUUGCUAUGUCUAACUUUUAGCAUUAAGACUGAUAGUUUUAUAUGGUUUUCAAAUGAUAGCUGUAACUUAAGCCAAUGCUUUUGCUAUUUUCAGAUCAAUUUGAUCUGUAGGUUUGGUGCAUGAAAUAGAGGCUAUCUAUGUUU